CCCCAGUGAUUGCUCAGCAAACAUGAUAAACGUCUUCAUUUUCUUUUGCGCUCUCACAGCGAGUUGUUAUGCUGCUGUGGACAAUACUACACCUAGUCCCUUCCAAUGUGACCUAGAUAGCGAAUGUAGCGCCUACCAAUGCUGUUCCAAAAUACCCAGGUUCAUGGCAGUAGGCAAGAAAAGGCAACUGAUUGCCCCUAUCAGCAUGUAUGUCAGAGCUUCCUGCCAACCAUACCUUCAACAGAAUGAGUCAUGUAUUAGCGUCAUAAAAAUAAAUGGUGACUGCGGCUGCGAGCCGGCUCUUGUUUGUAAAUACUUCCCGGAACUGGACGCAUUCAACCCGAUGAACUUACACCUGCCAAAACCUCCGGCACACACUCCGACGCCGAGUAAACGAAUGAUACAUGCUAGUCCCGAAUCUUAUAAGUGUGUGCCAAAACUACAUUAAAAAAUUCAUAUAUAACUUUUA